AUGUAUGCAGAGGAAUGCAAACUCUUUCUCACGCUCUCUCUCCCCCCCUCUCUCUCUCUAUCUAUCUAUCUAUCUAUCUAUCUAUCUAUCUAUCUAUAUACAAUAUCGCACACUCAUGAUAAUAAAAUAGUGCUCGAUUCCGGACGCUGGUCGUUUGAACCGGCAAAAGUGAUGGCGUCUGCCUAUCCGGAUAUUGGAGGUGAGGGUGGCAUUGGUGGCCUUUUCGGCAGAAUAGAAAACAAUGGCCAUCCGAUGUACGCGGCAAGGAGUGGCUCGAACGGCGAAUGUUUCUGUCAUUCAAAACCCAUUAGAGCUUCUCUGUCGACUUGCAACACACUUUCUCUAUACAAUGUGCGGGCCUGCGCGCGUAUGUGCGCACUUUCUAUUGGUGGACAUAUCUACAAUUGUUUUUAUGUGCGCAUAUAUGUAUGUGACCAUGCAAAAUUGGAAGGGUGUAUAAAUGUGCCUCUGCUUAUAUUUUUAAAUGUACGUUGGUAUUUGUAUUUCUAUAACAAAGAAUGUACAUAUUUCGUUAGGAAAAUUUCUGAUGUGUGGUUCUCUCUCUCUCUCUCUCUCUCUCUCUCUCUCUCUCUAUCUAUCUAUCUAUCUAUUCGCACGCGUUUAUGA